GAGUGUCUUAGUGUCGAUUCAGUUUCAUCUCAUCCACACAAUAAUAGUACCAAUAUCUUCAAAAAAAAAAGUAGAAAUAGUAUUGGGAAUUGUAACACAGUUCAACGUAACACUCUUUUGAUUCCACAAUUCUUCUUCUGGACCUGCGAUUCUCGCAAUCAUGGCCACCGUGCAACUCCAAUCCCUAACCCUCACUCGCUCCUCCACACUCCCUUCCCUCACCUCUCCACCGAUUCCCGUCACCGCCCGCCUCAACUCCGCUGCGCUGCCGCGCUACUCUGGCCUCCGGCUCCGAGCCACCGUUGGAACCGUUUUAUCGACUCGCGCCGCUUCGAGAACCGCUCCUCGCGGCGGACGCAUCGCUUGUGAGGCACAGGAUACCGCCAUAGAAGUGAAUGCUAUUACUGAUGCAAAUUGGGAAUCACUUGUGCUUGAAUCCGAGACUCCCGUACUGGUUGAAUUCUGGGCCCCAUGGUGCGGUCCCUGCCGAAUGAUCCACCCGAUAAUCGAUGAACUGGCCAAGGAAUAUGUUGGUAAGCUGAAGUGUUACAAACUCAAUACUGAUGAGAGCCCUUCAACUGCCAGCCGUUAUGGGAUUCGAAGUAUUCCCACUGUCAUUAUUUUUAAGAAUGGUGAGAAGAAAGAUACAGUUAUUGGAGCUGUGCCCAAGACAACAUUGACCUCAAGCAUAGAAAAAUUCCUGUGAGCAAAUGAAAGUAAAGCUAUUUUUCUCGUUAGCUUCCUCUCAUCUAAGCCAAAUAUCAGGUUGGGAUUAUUUGUUUCUUAAAUAACCAUUUAUGGUCCUGUAUAGCUAUGGAUGCAAACCAUAUUUUCUGAUUUCUUUAGAUAAUUAUAAUUAACAAUGUGUUGCGUAAA